CCUCCUCCCCCUUUAUGCAGAAAUUGAGAUGUCUUCAGAAGAGGCCAUGAGUGUAGUGGGGAGCGAAGUGAUGCCCCUGAAUUACGGUAGUAUAGAUUCGGAGAGCAGUCCGUCUCCAACUAGUUCGGAGAGGACGGUGGAGGAGAGGAGGGAUCAUAGGGUGGUAGAAGAGGAAGAAGAUGAGAUUCCCUCCAACAUUUUGGAGGCUGGGAAUAGGUUGAAUGAGGAUGAGGUGGAGGAGGUGGAGAAGCCGGUGAGGGAAGAUGGAGACGUGGUGGAUAUCUUGUACCUCACCAGUCCGAAGGCAAUAGAGGCUGCUAAGCUCUAUGGGCCAAGCUCAUUGAGCAAAGCUGAGAUGGACGAGUUCGUUAAUGCGGCUGGGGGUCUGCACAUCCCAAAGAAGCCAAGGAAGAAGUCAAAGACUCCAACUGCGGCGGAGAAGGGGGUGGCAGAGAGGGGGCGACUGUCCAGCACUUCUGCCCGGGCUGUGGAGGUGCAGUCAAGGCCGGAGCCUGUGAUGGGGGGUAGCGAGGAUGUAAGUGAGGAGGUGGCACCUCUACAGGGGAAGAAAAGGAGGGUGGCAGGGCUAGAAGCCAGGGGGGACGAGGUGGUGGAGUUCGUGCCCCGGCCUUUUCCUCCAGAAAUCAAUCCUGAAGACAGGGAGGGGGAAGAGGUCGAGGUGCGAGGCCUUGGUGGGGGCAAGGAGCGCAUCCCUCCUCACGCGUACCAGAAGAGUUUGUUUGAGGCGACAAACACGACUGGGGCGAAGCACUUCCUCAACUCUACCCUCCCUGAGGUGGAUAGGGUGCAGGCGAAGGACGAAGUGGUUAGCCAUCUGGGGUAUACCGUUGUGAGGCACGCCCUAGAGAGUGCAAGCUGGGCAAACGCUCUAGCGCAGGAGUAUGCGGAGAGCGUGCGCGAUCGUGCCAGCUUGCAGAGGCAGUGCGAGCAGUUGCAGAAGGAGAAGGAUGAGCUGCAGAAGGAGAAGGGGGAAUGGGAGAAGGAGAAGAGGGAGAUGCAGAGGAGGCUGGAUGAAGUUCUCCCUUCAGUGACCGAGCUCCAGAACGAGAAUGAUGUCCUGAGCAUGAAGCUUGUCCUCGAAGAACGUAAGAGGAAGAUCUGUGAGGAGAAGCUCGAGGCUCAGGACAAAUACAUUGACAACAUGAGGAAAGGAGCAGCGGAGCUGAAGAAGAACGUGAACCUGCUGGUUCACAACGGGAUGGAGGAGCACAUUGGCAACUUCCUCAACUCCAGCACCUUCGAGAACAUCCUCAAACUCUACCGGCUGCCAACCGCAAUCGUGGCCUUCACCGAUUGUAGAAAGAAGGUGAAGGCCCAGUACCUAGAGGUGGACGUGACAACAGUUACCUUUGGGGAACAAGAAGAAGGGGUGGAGGAAGAUGGGGAGAGCCUCUGUGUUGACUUCCGACCUCAGAUCACGCUGAGGUGGGAGCAUGAUGCAGAGGGGCUCACUAUUUUUCCUCUAGCCUUUGAGGCUGAGUUGGUGGCAAUGGGGGAGGAAGAAGAAGAAGAAGAAGCACAAGGCGCUGGGGUUGAGGAUCAAGCAGCUGUGGCUGAAGUGCAGCCUCCCGAGGUGCAUCCCAUCUCUUCUGAUGAAGUGCAGCAAUCGGCCCAUCCCGAAGCAGAAGUGCCGCCUCAGCCUGCUGAAGACGAGCCCAGAUCACCACCUCUUUCUGCUGAGGAGCAGCCUCCUCUUCCAGCAGAGUAGUUUAGGAUUUUUUACGUUAUUGGUGUAAAUAACUUUUUUGUAUUCGAGAUUAAUGUAUAAAAUUUUUGAAUUUAUUAUUAUCUAGUGUUUGAGUUUUGAUUUGUGAUCGAUGUUUUUCUUUGAGGAACUCUUUUUGGAUAAAAUAAGUAAACCUGA